CUGAGCAGGAUCAUUGAGUUUGAACGAGGCGGUGAAGUUUUGAUUGAAUAUAUCGAAGCCAGUAGAGCCGUCGAGGCUUGACCCGUCACACAGUUGGCAAAAAAGGAUAAAAAACGCGACUUUGCUCAAUAGCGUGAUAGAACGUUAAGUGCGAAUAUCAAAAUUGUACAUUCCUUAUAUAAAAUGUCUGGGGAAUCGAUUGCAAGUAUUUAAAUUGGCCGAAAAAUACGCUAACAUGCUUGUUUUGCCCUAAUUUCCCUUUUUGUUUGUGUUUAUUUUUUAUUACUGGCUAUAUUACUUGGAUACGCACAUCAACUUGGACCUUUUCAUGGAAAUAGUAGAAUUCUGUAUCGACUCCAGCUACUUCAAAUACGAUGGCCAACAUUACUUACAAGUUUUCGGAACCGCAAUGGGAAACCCUCUGUCCCCUGCCCUAGCUGACCUAGUCAUGGAAACACUUCUAGACACCGUAAUAAGACUACUAUGUUUCAAACCACCUUUUGUCAGAAAAUAUGUUGAUGAUCUAAUAAUGGCAAUCCACAAGGACAAACUAGAACAUGUUGUUGAAACUUUCAACAAUUACAAUAGUCACAUCCAAUUCACCUAUGAACUGGAAGUGGACAAUAAAAUACCGUUUUUAGACAUGUUGCUCAUACGACAACAGAAUCAACAGAUCAAAACAGAGUGGUACAUGAAACCCAUCGCAAGUGGCAGAUUUUUGAAUUACAAUUCAUUCCAUCCGCUCCAUCAAAAGAUAAACAUGGCCAAAAAUUUUAUUCAUCGAGUCAACUAUUUGUCAUCCAACCUGCGAGACGACGAAAAAAUAAGCAUCAUAGAUAAACAACUCAGUCUUAACAACUACCCAAAAAAACUUCGACAUAGACUGAUCAAUAGGAUGCACGAACGCAACAUACUCACCCUUCAGACUACCGAUAAAAACCUGCAAACUACUUACCGGUCAAUAGCAUACAUUCCAUACUUAUCAAACCAAAUUGGAAAACACCUGAAAAACGACUACAAACACAUACAACUUGCACAUAGAAACAUAAAAACAGUUGGAAAAUUCUACACAAAAAUUAAAGAUCCCGUUCCAGCCGAUCACCACAGCAACGUUAUUUACAGUACUCCAUGCAAACAGUGCAGUUCAUGCUACAUAGGAAUGACGUCAAAUAUGCUAAAAACCAGGAUAUGCGGACACAAGACACACUACAAUACUUGGGACAAACUUCUACAGGAUAGAUCGGACACAACAGAAAUACAAAUUGCCCAUCUAAAGGAGAAAACAGCACUAAUGGAUCACAGUAUUAAACACAAUCACAGGUUCGACUUUGAAAAUACUAGCAUAUUAGCCAAAAACUGUAAACCACAUGCACUUCCCUACAUAGAAGUAUGCCACAUAAUCACUAGCAAAAACAGUAUUAAUAAGCGAACAGAUACAGAAGGUUUAAAUUCCAUCUAUGCUGGAAUUAUUCACACUCUAGAUAUUGAGAAUCAAAACAAACGAAAAAUGACAACCAAUGUAACACGCAAUAGUAUAUGAUCACAAAACAGCAAUAAUACACACUCUCACAAACACACACGCUAUAAUCGAAUCAAAAGUAGUAGACAAGUAGGAAAGACAACACCACAGUUUCUCGCUCUGCGCAAAAGUUUUACCCGCGAGCUUUUAAACACCGAUUAUUUUAAAGUGCGGUGCAGUAAAAAAUACGCAUAUGUACAAAGGACGCCAUUAUAAACAUACACCGGACAACCUAUGUUGGACACAAACACACUUAACAAAAAAACGAACCGUUUCAGUGAGUACAAAAAAACCACAGACAAACAGACAACAGUAACGGAAAUAUUUUCAUUUUAUAGACUCCUUGAUAAAGGUGAAAUAAAAUCACCGAAACUGUCGGAUUAAGAAGCAAUACUUCGUUUUUGCCGUUUUAUUUUGACUGAU